UUCAGGGUUCGGUCGCUCUUAGCUCGUUUCACUUCUGGUUGCAAAAACGACGGCCAAAAACCGAGAUUGCGAUGGCCAAAAACCAAGAAGGCAACCGCCAAAAACCAAGAUGUUGACGACUGAAGUCGUGGCUUCUAAACCGUAGUAUACCAACCAGUGGGUGAUGGGUCUUACAGUAUAUACGGUCUAUGCUCAACACACGGGAGAACUUUCAGUUGGUUGCAAUCUGCAACCUCACCACUAGAUGCCGCCAAAUCCGACACGCUGCACCUUUAAAUUCAGAAUUCUUUCAAUGUUUUCAGAAAUGUUUUUUUAUUACAUCAUCUCUACCUAUUUUCAAGGGCAAUUACUUCUGUUUACAUUACAUCUACUUUGCCUGUUUUAUUCCUGUUUUAUUUGCUUUAUAGCUGUGUGUGUUUUACCUGUUAUAUGUUUUACCUGCCUCGUUUAGUCUUGUCAAGUAUUUGUUUUAAAGCACUGACCAGGAGUGGCAACUCUGAAUCUCGUAUUUAAUACGAUGACAAUAAAGCUUUCUAUUCUACUCUAUUCUAUUUUAUUCUAAAUUACAAGUACCUGUAGGUGACAUAUUGCUUCUUCAGUUUCAUUGAUUUUACAGUCCUUAUUGAAGACAGCAGCUAAAUGCUGUGAAUACAAACAUCCAUUUUUUUCCGGGACGAUGACGAAGUCUUUGAAACAAGGAAGAGGAAGAAGAACAAGUGGAAAAGUGUCUCUGACAGACUGAAGCUUCAGACUUGGAUCAGCAGCAGCAGUUUGAUGCUUUUCAUCUGAAGAUGUUCAGUUUCAUGAUCUUCUGUCACGUUUGGUUCCUGCACACAGAUCUGAUCCGCUGCAGUGGAAACUCCACAGUGAUCCGGUAUUCAGUCCCGGAGAAUCAUGGCGUCUGCCUGCAAUGUGGCGGCCCGGACAGCUCUGAUGUGGUCUGGACUCAUCGGGACCGGGAGGUCCUGGUGACCCGACAGGGCAGCUACGAGACCAACGCGGACCGCCAACGCUACCGCUUGCUCUCUGGCGGCGGCCUCUGCCUCCUGCGGCUCGACGACUCUGACGACGGGAAGUUUCGCUGCAACCAGCAGCUGGUGGCCGAGCUGCAGGUGCUACAAGGCCGUGACUUCAUGGUGUCUGCAGGCCGGACGCUGCUGCUCCCCUGCAGCGGCUCCUCCAAACCCAAAAAGAGGUGGUCUCAGCGGAGGGAGGGAGGGAGGUGGGAGACCGUCCUGACCCGGUUCAGGAACGGUACGGUGAAACCGGAGAGGAGCCGGUUCGGCUUCGGUAACGUGGCCCUGCAGAUCCAGGACCUGCAGCCGGAGGACGCUGGAGAGUACCUGUGCAACGGACAGCUGCAGGCCAGACUCACCGUCCUGACUGCUGAGCCGCCAGAGACGACCAGCAUCCAGCAAACCAUCAGUUCAACUGCAACAGCUGCUGUCAUGGAAACAGAUGUGGUUGAAAUAGAGAAGAAGAAGAGACCUGAGAAUGCCCUGCUGAUGGUCGUCGUUGUUGGGUUGGCGUUGAUGAUCCUCCUCAUGGCCGCCGUCUGUGUUUUACUGACCAGCAUGAAGUGCCGGAGGAAGAAGAAAUACAGAUCUGCAGCACAGAGGCCUGAAGACACCGAGCUGCAGCCGUGGAAGACGUCCGACAAACCAACCGGUAACGCCAUCACACCUUCGUCCCGUACGAUUCUUUCACCCUCGGUUCUGUUUUCACCGACGCACACCUGCGUCUCUGCAGAACGAGAGGUCAACAAGAAUCCUUCUCUGCCGGAGGAGACGAUCCAUUACGCCUCUCUGGGCCGCCAGAACUGGAGGGAGAGACCCGGCAGGACUCCGCCGGACCAGGACCGCCACGACGUCAUCUACUCUUCUGUCAUCACCAGACCGGCCGCCAAACAGAAGCGACGUCGGCUGCAUCAAUGAAAUGUUACCUGUGAAACCGUGAGAGGCUGUUUCUGAUCUGAACUUUUAGUUCCGUAGUACCGCCAAACUCACAGCCCGGCGCUCUUCCUGGGAGCUUGGUUUUCACAACGUUAACCACGCGUUACAACGUUAAGCGCGAACCUUCUGCGUCAAGAUACAACAGAAAGGCUGCUUCUGCCCAAGUGGUAAAAUAUGACGAGUAGAGAUGAGAUCACAUCGCCUAAAGGGAGCUAACCCCCCGUAAAACCACAACUUUGGUUUUUAUACAGAUUAAACGUGAUAUAACGUGUCAAUCAGUGAGCUCUAGAGCUGCUGGUUGAUACAUUUGACCAGAGCCAUGCUAGCUGUUUCCCUCUGUUUCCAGUCUUUAUGCUAAGCUAAGCUAACAAGCUGCUGUAUCAAUCUGAACAUCUAAACAAGAAAGCGAAUAAGCGUAGCUAUUUCACAAAACAGAUGGUUUCAUGGAACAUUUCUAUUCAUUAAAGAUCCUUUUUUUUUUUUUUUUAAUCUUUUUGUAAAGUUCAUAACUAGAAGGUUUUACUGACAAACUUUUCGAACUUUCUUCAGCUGUUAAAAAG